AGCCACAGUGAAAGUCUGGAUUGGAACUCGAGAGCCAUAGGGUCCCGGGGAACGGUUUCUUGCCUAAGAGCUGCUCCAAGUUUGGUCUGGGACUGGCGGGCAGCGUGAGCGCUUCCUGGGAGUGUGGUUAGAAACGCAGACUUUCAGGCCUUUUCCAAGACCUAUGAAACCAAAUCAGCAAUCUGACAAGAUCCCCAGGCACUUGCGGACCCGGAAAGUGUGAGAGUUGCUGGUGGCACGGAAAACAGUGGUCCGGAAACCUGACUCAAAGCUGCCUCAUCUCAUUGGCCUGAAAUUGCAAACUUAGAGAGACCUGCCUUUAAUUUGGGGGGCACCCAGUGCAGAAGCAAAAAGAGGACCAACUGAAGAGUGGUUCCCCAUGUCCACAUACCACGAGCACAGGGAGAAACUGAGGUCUCUUUUCCCUUGUGUGAACUCCAAUAAGCGUGGUUUCUUGCCGGCUUUAUUUGGCCUGCCUCUUCCUUCCUACGCUUCCCCGGGGUCUGUUAAAUUCUCCCUGUUGUGUGGCCACAUCCUCCUGGCACCUGCGGAGCUGCUCGGCCUUCUUGCAUUGUCCAGGAAACUGCCUCCCUGACUAAGAAGAAUUCAUUGUCAAGUAAAUCCCCAGGGAUUCUGCGGCAGGAGUCAGACCUGGCCUGUGAGUGGCCCUGGGCAAUGGAUGAGUUCGGAGCUCUCAGGGACCUACAACUCCCGGCUCCACCCACGGGCCCUCAUGUGUGCAGAGAGGACCAGGUUGCAGACCAAGGCCGGCUUUUUCAGCACCCAGCUGGGCGAGGAUCAAUUAAAGCCUCCAAGCACCCAGAGAGCCUCUUGGCCUGCAGGCUUUCUGUUAGUUCUCAUCAGUGAAAUUGUUUCCAGCUCCACUCCUCUGGCGCUGGAGGGACUCCUGGGGGUGGGGCCAUUGCUCCCUCCCAGGCUGAAGUCCCAUGGAGGGGAGGGCUCUGCCGAAGAAAGAUGGCUUCUGCAGUGUGGGCAAUGACUCAGCACAGGGACCCUGGGCACUGAUCGUUCAGCGCUCUCCCCAGAGCCACCAGCCCAGACACUCCUUGGGUGGCUCUAGUCUGCUCUGCCCUCCCUCUGCUGGAGCCCAGCAGGCGAAGCUUCACCCCGUCUGGCCCAGAACCCAUUGUCACCUGUACAGAGAGAAGCACCAAGGAGCUCUGAGAGGCACCAUGGCCGUGGCAGCAGCUGGAAACUACUCAGAUGACCUUCACCAGAGCAUCAUUCAACGUCUGGCCAAGCUGACCACAGAGGACAUACACUGGCUCUUCCAGAACCCACAGGCUUUGGACGCAGUGAUGCAGGGACUCAGUGUGGAAAGCGACGAGGCCAGCACGCUGCACUAUAUCCUGGGACAGGAGCUGAUGCGCCGCGAGGCAGGGAGCGGGCCACGGGCACAUCUGUCGCAGGAGGAAAGAAUGUUUCUCGUGAAUUUCCACUGGAGGAAGCACAAGAUGGAAAAGACCAUCAGAGAACUGAGAACCAUCGCAGACGAAGCCGACUCGGCCCAUAAGACGCUCACCCAGACCAACCUGGUAGCCAGCUCUGCAGGUGUUGUGUCUGCAGCCAUGACCAUCCUGGGAGUGGCCCUGUCACCUGUGACAGCAGGAGGUAGUCUGUUACUCUCAGCGGCUGGGCAGGGCCUGGGGGCAGCAGCUUUUAUCACCAACACUGUGACAAAUGUCUUAGAAGAUAGGAGCAAGUCGUCAGCAAGAGAUAGAGCCAGCAGACUGGUGGCUCUUCCAGCAACACCAGAGCCGGAAGCUGGGGGAGGAGUGAGUCUGUUUCCAGUGAGAACUACAGUGGUUGUUCAGAGGUGCCGUGAUAUCCUGGGGAGCAUCAGGGAACUUCGAGCCUACUGGGUGGCCCGAGCCAACCCUGGCUUCAUGGGGAGGGUCAGGAAUUUUGUGGCCACACACCGUGUGCCCUUCUUAAGGGCAACAGGGGUGCAGAGAGCCGCGGGCCAGGGCUCCGCGCUGGCCAUGACCCGAGGUGCGCGGGUGCUGAGCGCAGCUGGGGCUGCCUUCCUGCUCGUGCAGGAUGUGAGGAACGUCCUGCGGGACUGGCAGCACCUGAGGGAGGGGGCGCAGGCGGAGGUGGCCACGGACCUGAGGACACAGGCCAAGCAGCUGGAGCAGGAGCUGAACCAGCUGUCCAGGUGCUACGAGCAGAUGUGUCUGAGGCAGAACAGGAGGCUGGAGGAAGGAGAGAGGGCGGAAUGGGACUGGGUAGCAAGGCCACUGCCUGAGACGCCGGAAAGGCACACGGAAGACUGCGGCUCGCAGAUUCAUUCAUUCGCCCAUUCGUCAGACAGACUUUAAUCAAGUGAGGCUGGUGGUGGGGCCGAGGACUAAGAAAGCAGACCCACCCUGGUCUGCAUGUUGAAACCACCUGGGAAACUUCAGAACACGCUGGUGAGUGGGCGGGCCCUGCGUCAGGACUGGGACCCGACCGUCUGCCUUAGGGCCUGGACCGUGGAAGUUUUAAAGCAUCUCCUAGUACUUCCACUGCGUGGUGAGUCUGGGAGCCGCUGCCUUAGGCCGUGAGUGCUUUCUUCCUUUUCUCAUGGAUAUACUUUCACCCCGAGGGUCCACUCGCUAGCUUCAAAAUACCCAGGGGCAGGUUUGGGGGUGAAGUGUGAGACACCAGGGCUCCUAUUCGAAAGGGUCCGGCCCGCCUCUUUCUUGCAGCGUGAGCUUAGACCGGGUGCAGGCGGGGCACAGAAGACCUCCCGAGAAAAGAUGGUCUCUGCGCCAGUGGUCCUUGGGACAGACCCCAGAGAAGCCAUUAAUGAGGAGGAGGAGGAGGAGGAGGAGGAGGAGGAGGAGGGGCAGAUGGUAUGAGGAAGACAGGGCAUUGUGGGAGCUCCUGAUGGGUGCCCUUACACCUGAGGUGGGGGGCUGUGGGGGAAGGGGAGGGCACCCCACCUGGUGAGAGAAGCUGGUGUCUUCCAUUUCCGCUCUGUGGACAUUCAUUCUGGGCUUGUGUCCUCGCCAGUCACCUCUCUGGUCCUGCACGCUGCCUGCGUGCAUUUCCAGCCGGAGGGGCCAUUCAUUCAGUUCUUCAAAGCACAAGCGUAGCAUCACUGACCACAUCAGCACCGGGCAGCACCUGGGCCGAGCUGGGGUCCAGCCCAACAGGUGGGAGGACCGCCUCGCUCAGCCCCGAGGGAGCUGGGAACCUGCCGUGGGACCCUGGCUCUGCUGCAGAAGCGACUGCCUCCUUCUCCCUCUCACCCUCGUUGGUGAGGCCGUCUCCACCAACCCUGGUUUGGCAGAAGCAAACUGACAGCCUUCUACUAUGAAACCCCAGGGCGGGAUCCCUUCCGCUUGUUACGAGGCACCGAGCCAGGAGGCCAGGAGACCUGCAGCCGUUUGCUAUAACCCCCGGGGACCAGGCCAGAUUUGCAAGAGAUCAGAUUCUCUGUGUGGACAGAUAGGGUUAGAGUCCAAGACCUAAAUAUUUGUGUCAGUUUCAAAUGGGGCUGAGAUACAUUUAGAAUAUGUGUAUUUUCCAUUGUAUAUAAUUACACAGUACAAUUAUAAGUCACUGGGAACCCCCCCCUUUAUUUUAUAAUAAAUGAUGCUCUGUCCCCCUUCCACUGCCCUUCGCACCUGGUCCCCACCCCUCUGUCGUGGCGGCCACACUGCAUGGAGUCUGUGUGACGGAGUCUGCCACCCACACCUAGACCCGGUCUAUGUCCCCAGUGCCGGGAAAAGGCAGCGAUUUGAGAGGCUGUGUCACUAGGAGAAAGUGAUCCCUCUUAUGGCCGCAGAACGUAAACCUGCAGAAUGGGACACCGGGAAAAUGCCGCAGCACCAGGAGACGGGUGGACCAAACCGCACCGUGCGAGAGACUGCUCUGUAGCCGUCAAAAUGGUGCUCUCGAGAGUCAGUGGUUGGAUUAACAUGGAACAUGCUGCUUUGUCCAGUUAAAUGACAAAAGCAGCAUGAGACUUGUGUAUACGCUUUCUCACCUUUUACCUCGCAAAGGGAGACAGCCGCGUGUGGAGUACACACACACAGCUGCUAGGAAAUAACAGCGGGGCCGGCCGGCCUGCUGUUAUCUUGGAGUUUGGGUUGCUUUGACUUUCUUCUUUCUGCCUUUCUGUACUUUUCAAGUUUUCUAGUACAUGAAUUACUGGUUUUAUAAAAUGGAAAAAAUACAUAAUAAAUAUUUACAUUAAAAUUAAAGAAUUUUUACCCUGGUUGGUGUGGCUCAGUGGAUUAAGUGCUGGCCUGGGAACCAAAAGGUUGCCAGUUCGAUUCCUGGUCAGGGCACGUGCCUGGGUUUCUGGGCAGGUCCCCAGUAGAGGGCUCUCAGGAGGCAACCACGCAUCGAUGUUUCUCUCCCUCUCUUUCUCCCUUCCUAAAAAAAAUUUUUUUAAAUCCUUAAAAAGAAAGAACUUCUGCCUUUUUAAAGAGGACCAGCUUGCCCUCACUGGUGUGGCUUGGUUGGAGGACUUUCGGUCCUUUAACCGAAAGGCUGCAGGUUCGAUCCCUGGUCAGGUAUACACAGAAG